GCAGGUCUCCUCGUGAUGACAGCAAAUGACAGCACUGUCCGCCUUAGCUGAAUCCAGUUGGAGACUGCUAACCGCCAACAAACAAUUCUUCUAACUCGAGACAUUUUAUGACCAUCUGUGUUUAGAGGUGCUGUGAACCUUCAGAACACGCUAGUUGGACUUGUUUUGCGUCCCUGUCUGCUUGUUUAAGCCGUUAAAGAUGGUGAAGCCAGACAUUCAUACUCUGGCCCACCACCUGAAGCAGGAGCGGCUAUAUGUGAUGUCUGAGAAGCAGCUGAUUCAGAGGCUCAACAAUGAUGUACUGAAGACGGCUGAGAGGCUGUACCGGGCCGCGUGGAUCGCCAAGCAGCAGAGGAUCAACCUCGACCGUCUCAUUCUCACCAGUGCGGAGGCCUCCCCGGCAGAGUGUUGCCAACAUGCCAAAAUGCUGGAAGAUACACAGUUCGUCGAUGGCUACAAGACCCUGGGUUUCCAGGAAACGAUCUAUGGGGAGUUCCUGGCCAGGUUGAGGGAGAAUCCCAGACUGGUUGCAUCCUGCCUGGUGGCAGGAGAGAGAUUGAACCAGGAGCCCACCCAAGGUGUCAUUCAUACAGUCUUUACAGCUCUUUAUGGCAACUGCAUCAUGCAGGAGGAUGAGAGCUACUUACUUCAGGUGCUAAGAUACCUGAUAGAGUUUGAGUUGAAGGAGAGUGACAACCCUCGGCGUUUGCUCCGGCGUGGAACCUGUGCCUUCAGCAUCCUGUUCAAGCUCUUUUCUGAGGGUCUUUACUCAGCCAAGCUCUUCCUCACCGCCACCCUUCAUGAACCUAUUAUGCAACUGCUGGUGGAGGAUGAGGACCACCUGGAGACUGACCCAUCCAAGGUGGUGGAGGGCCUCACUCCUGCCCAGCGGGAACGCUUUGGAGAGAAAGGAUCUGAAGGUUACAAGCAAAGGGUGCAGGCCGCCGUUGAAGCCAACGAAGCCAAACUGGUUGCUCUUGUGAACAAGUUUAUCGGUUACUUGAAGCAAAACACCUACUGCUUUCCUCACAGCCUGCGCUGGAUCGUGUCCCAAAUGUACAAGACUUUGUCAUGUGUGGAGAGCCUUGAAGUGGGUGAGGUGCGCACCAUGUGCACAGACCUGCUGUUGACCUGCUUCAUUUGCCCAGCUAUAGUCAACCCGGAGCAAUAUGGCAUUAUCUCAGAUGCACCCAUCAACGAGGUCGCCCGCUUUAAUCUGAUGCAGGUGGGUCAGCUUUUGCAGAAACUGGCCAUGGCUGAUGACGAUGCAGACCCAAGGAGGAAAAGCACCAUGUCUAAGUUUGAUAAGAGUUGUGUUGCUGCUUUUUUGGAUGUGGUGAUUGGAGGACGAGCGGUUGAGACUCCUCCCAUGUCUGCCAUGAAUCUUCUCGAAGGCCUGAGUAGGACCGCCGUCUACGUAACUCAUAAUCAACUACUUGCACUGGUGGACUUUGUUCGGGCUGUCAUAGGUGGGGACCACCUUCACGAAGAGGAGCAAAUGGCACUGGAGACCAUGCUGGCUAACGUACCCCAGUCUAGAGCCACAAAGAGCAACAGUCUGGAGCUAACUCCCUCCAACACACCUCAGCUUUCUCCAGCUACCACUCCUGCCAACAAGAAGAACAGACUACCUAUAGGACAACAUUUAGCAGCUAUAACAUCUUGGGACCCCACAGCCACCAAUCUGUGUGCUCACAUUCCAUUAGUAACCCCUUUUGCGAGUGCUCGAAGCCGCAGCCGUACCAACAUAGCCCAGGAGGGGGAGGCAGAGGCCAGCUCCCAAGAGUCUAUACAAGAGCUGAUGCCAGAGGAGGUGCUGGUAAUUUCUCUGGGCUCUGGCCCUCUGACUGUCCCUGGGAUGAUGUCAGAGAAUGAGGUUUUAAACAUGCAAAUGGCUUACGGGACCCAAGGAGAGGGUCAUGCUGAUGAAGCUAAGCAUCAUGGGAAACCAGAUAAAACCUUGCGAUUUUCUCUCUGCAGUGAUAACUUAGAGGGAAUCUCUGAAGGCCCUUCCAAUCGUUCCAAUUCUGUGUCAUCUUUGGACCCGGAAGUUGAGUCUAUUUCUGAUUCCGGAGCCGGACCGUCGGGGAGCAACGGUGUCGAGGCUCUGCAGCUUUUAGAGCACGAACAAGCGACCACCCAGGACAACCUGGAUGACAAACUACGCAAGUUCGAGAUCAGAGAUAUGAUGGGCCUGACAGACGACCGUGACAUCUCUGAGACGGUCAGUGAAACUUGGAGCACCGAUGUCCUGGGCAGUGACUUUGACCCAAACAUGGAUGAGGACCGACUGCAGGAAAUGCCAGCGGCAGAGAACAUGCUUGGCAGCCUGCUGUGUCUUCCUGGCUCAGGCUCAGUUCUGCUGGACCCUUAUGGAUCCACCAUCUCCGAGACCACGAGUGAAGCCUGGAGCGUGGAGGUCCUUCCCAGCGACUCAGAAGCUCCAGAUCUGAAGCAGGAAGAGCGUCUGCAGGAGCUGGAGAGCUGCUCUGGUGUUGGCAGUACCUCAGAUGACACUGAGGUCAGAGAAGUGAGUUCUAGACCCAGCACCCCAGGCCUCAGUGUUGUUUCAGGAAUCAGUGCAACCUCGGAAGAAAUCCCCAACAAGAUCGAGGAUCUGCGGUCAGAAUGCAGCUCCGAUUUCGGAGGGAAGGAUUCUGUGACGAGUCCAGAUGGGGAGGAGUCGAGUCACGGAGGCCAUCAUUUGACAUCUCCACCAUCACAGCCAGAUUCCUUACUUGCCAUGUUUGACCCCCUCUCCACUGGUGAAUGCUCCUCCACCGGCACAAUAGUUAGACCCAAAGUGCAUUAUGUGCGGCCUCCUCACCCUCCUCCUGAUCCUCCCAUCCCUGAAGCCAGUGCUGUGGCCCCAGAGAUUCGCCAUUCUCUUUUGAGUGAGCUGGAGCUCACCAAGCAGCGCCACUCUUUCCCUGACCGGCUGGUCCGCAGCCGCAGCUCCGACAUCGUGUGUCCGGGCCGCCGGCCCACCAGCGACCCCGGCCUCAACAGGCGAGUGGCAGUCGAAGAGCGAGAACCUGGCGGGGCUUUUGUCUCAUCGCCAAGCAAGGAUUCUCUGAAAGUAGAGGUAGAAGACAGGAAAGACAGUGACGAUGAGAAGUCUGAUCGCAACAGACCGUGGUGGAAGAAACGUUUCGUCUCCGCCAUUCCCAAAGUGCUGUAUUGGACGGCUGAGAGCGAUGCUCCAGCUCCCAUGGCAGCGUUUAGGAAAAGAGACAAACAGGAGAAGGAUGAUGUCCUACAAGACGAGCCACUGCCUAGACAGAGCACUCAACCCCAGGCAGCUGAAGACAUUCUGGACAAAUACAGGAAUAUUAAGAGGACAAGCCCCAGCGAUGGAACUGCGGCAGGAGCGUCCUAUGACGGCUCAGGAGAUAUUUGUGUCGAAGACAGCGACUGUCCCAGAGAAGACGCUCUGCAGAACAAUUCUGCCGAUGACCUCCUGGAUUCAGCUAGCCAGUCGGCACAACAACACGAUUCCAAGUUCUCUUUCAGUGAUGCAAAGAAAAAAUUGAGGUUGGCUUUAUGUUCGGCAGACUCUGUGGCUUUGCCUCUCCUGGCACCAGCAACCACACGCAACGGCCUGCCUGAUCACAUGGAUCCUGAAGAAAAUGAGAUCGUCUGCUUCCUGAAGAUCCAGCUCGCAGAAGCCAUCAACCUUCAGGACAAGAACCAGAUGGCUCAAAUCCAGGAGACCACUCGCUGUGUUAGCCGCUUUGACGCUCGCACCUGCAGGAAGCUGCUGGCUGCUAUUGCAGAAGAUUACAGGAAGCGGGCGCCCUACAUAGCUUACCUCACCAGAUGUCGUCAGGGCCUGCAGACCUCUCAGGCUCAUUUGGAGAGGCUCCUUCAGAGGGUUCUGAGAGACAAAGAGGUGGCUAAUCUCUACUUCACCACCGUCUGUGUCAGGCUUCUUCUUGAACACAUGGAGUCAAAGAUGCUCGACUUCAUCAAAGCGUUCCAGGGGUGCACAGCAGCUGAUGACAAGACGGCGGCAGUGGAGGAUUUUCUGCGCUAUUUGUACGGUGCCAUGGCCCGUGAUGCCAUUUGGCAAUAUGCGAGCGAGGACCAGCUGCAGGAUGCCCAGAUGGCUAUCGAGCGCAGCGUUAUGAACCGCAUCUUCAAACUGGCCUUCUACCCCAAUCAGGAUGGGGAUAUUCUCCGAGACCAGCUUUUCUACGAACACAUCCAGCGGCUCUCAAAGGUCGUCACAGCAAAUCACAGAGCCCUUCAAAUUCCAGAGGUUUACCUGAGGGAAGCUCCCUGGCCCUCUGCGCAGGCUGAGAUCAAGUCCAUCAAUGCGUAUAAGACUCCUCGAGACAAAGUGCAGUGCAUUCUGCGUAUGUGCUCCACCAUCAUGAACCUCCUGAGCCUGGCUAAUGAAGACUCUGUCCCAGGAGCAGAUGAUUUUGUUCCUGUGCUUGUUUUUGUGCUCAUUAGGGCAAACCCGCCCUGCCUGCUGUCCACCGUGCAGUACAUCAAUAAUUUCUACGCCAGCCGGCUGAGUGGGGAGGAGUGCUAUUGGUGGAUGCAGUUCACCGCAGCGGUGGAAUUCAUUAAGACCAUCGAUGAUCGCAAGUGAAGCAGAACAGCCACCUGUAUGGGCAGACUGCAGGAGAAGGAGCCGGGAGACUGGGAGACUUCCCAACCAACUGCUCCUUUUGCACAGCUUAAGAGGCCUGGCCCUCUGCCUGCUCUUUAUUUGUAUAGCUUGUACAUAGUCAGAGACGUGGAAAGAAAAGCAAAAUAUAUAUAACUGUAUGUAUGUGAACAAGUUCCGGUUUUGCAAAACGCCUUUGAAGAAAAAAAAAAAACUUGGCAUACAUAUUAAGCGUGAAUCUGAUUAGAAUUUUAUCAUUUUGUCUUCUGAGUCCGUUUUGAUUCUCAAGCUGUUAGGAUUUUUAUAUAUUCAUAAUUACCAACACAACAUUAAAUCACUGUAAGAGAUAAUCCUGUAUAAAGGGACUAGACUUCAUUGAUGUGAUUUACGAGCCUCCAAUCAAAUGAGAGUACAACACUUAUUAAAUAAGGGGAUUUACAGUCAGAACUGCUGAUGGGAUUUAACUGCUUAUAAACGCAGAUCAACUCACAAUGCUCCACGUUCUCUUAUUGUAUCAUACAGUCGGGCAGCUUGUUUCACCAACUGUUUACUUCAUCUAAUUCCCAAACAAGCCUCAAUUUGGAUGUGGGGGCGUGCAUAUUUAUAUGAAGUGUAUUUAUUUCUGUCAUUCUAUUUAACACGCCUCUUUUUUUUUUUUUUUUUAAAUGAAAAUGCAUAUCAUUCCCGUUCAAGAUGGCACAGGCAAACAAUGCUACAACGAGCUAGUUUGACGUUCUCGAGUUAGUAAAGGUAACUUAGCAGUGAGCAGGCAAGCAGAGAGCGCUGGUGGCAUUUAUGGGAUAUAUUGAUAUAGUAGUGCCUUGGAUGUGGGGCGCUCUGUAUAGUUUGUUUGGAAAAUCUAAGAUUGGCAUUAUUUCCCCUCCACGCUCCAAUGGGCAGACGGCAUCUCUGCGAGGAAACUUUCAUCCAGAAAAAAAACAAAGAGCCUGGGCGUCACCACAUCUGGUCGUCACGGUUUUAGUCCCUUUAAUUUAGCCAAACUGGAGCUCAAAUCCCCUUUUGGUUUUCUAGAUCCUACCUCAGAGUUGAAGCCAACGAGCUGGAUUUCAGUUUGAGUAACUGUCAGGCAGGAGCUGACGGGGGUCUCUUUAUUUAUGACUAAAAAGGUCAAAACAUUCAUUUGAAUCUGUCCAGCUGGUGUCCAUGUUGUCUCCUUUAUCUUUUAGUACCACUUUAGUCAGCAUCAGAUCCAGGAAAUCAUUUUUAGCUUCGCGACUCCUCAAGUUCAAAAAAGGGAUUUGUAUUUAUGUGCACUUAUUUUAUUUUCCCCCCUUAUAGUUUUGCCUUUUUUUUAAUAUAGUUUAAGCAUUGUAGAAAUGAGGAAAAAGUUUUUCAUUUUUGUGCAGACGUGCCACAUGUAUUAGUUUCUCGACAAACCAGUAGUUGACCUGACGGCACAAAACGGAGGCCGGAAAAGCAAAUAACCAACACGAUCAACGUGUUACUGACCUGCAGCUUAUGCUAGUGUGGUCAACGUAUGUGUGGGUUUUGGUCAAGCGAGUGUGAAUGAGAUGUGAGUGUGAUUGCUCGACCUCCCGCCUCCUCUUGCAUAAAAACCACAAAAAAAAAAAAAAAAAAAAGUAAUCCUCGCUCUCCCAUAGUGUGUGUGCCACGAGCCAGUAACCUGCAAGAGGAUGCAUCUGUGAUACACACAUAUCAAAAAUCUAUUUUGCACAAAACUGAUGUAUUUUCCUGGGAUAUUUGGAAGAAAAAAAAAGGGGGUUGGAUGGGCAUGUUGACAUGUCCUUGCUUUGGCCUUGAUCAUUUCUUAACUGUUGUGAUUUCACAUGUUUUGACAGACGCAAACUGAAGCACCUCACUGUUGCUCUUCCAAGCAUUAACGGGCAUCAUCACAAAUGCUUUUCUAAAUGUCCUUUCGCCAUAGCUCAAGCCGGCGCGUGUGUGCAUGUGCGGCGCACUUCCUCGUAAAGUCGGCGUAAUCAGUUUGAUGAGAAAACCAUGCCCUGGAAAAUUAAGUUGCAGGUUGCAUCUUCUAGUAUAAUCAGGUUUAUGUGAUGUCACUUUAAUAAGGAGUACGUUCUGGACAGAUGUGAUGGGAUUAUUCGGGCCUGGUUUGUGUGCGUCAGUGCAUCCCGCAGCUUGAUGAUCACGGCAGUUACACAUGAUGCAUUGAGGUAUUGAUGAAAACCAAGUUAGAAAAAUCCAUGUAAUUGUGUGUCAGGAGUUGUAGUCUUAGGUGGGGGAUUCGGUCUGUGUAGUGCUGCUCCCUGUGCAGUGGUGUCAAAAUAUAAAAAGAAAAAAGAAAAAAAAAACAACUUUUCGUCUAAUUUUAAUUAUAAGCUUGCACAAUUCUGACAUACGGGAAAGUUUUUUGUCUUUACUGUAAUUAAUGCAUUAUGUAUUUCUUCAAAAACAAUAAAAGAAACAAAUAACUUA